GCCCCCUCCUCUCAGCCUCCAGACUUCCCCUCCCGGGCCCUGGCAACAUCCGAGGGAGUCGUAGCAGCCUCUGCCUGAAAUUAUUGGAACAGAACCACAGGAAAAGAAUUGCCAUUGCUGUACCUGUUGACAUACAACUUGUGAUUGCAUUGUGAAGUUUCUUCUAGGUUAACCAUUUCCCCCCCUGCCUCAUGAGAGGUGGUGAGGGACAUCUUAUCAGUCUAAUAAUAAGGCAUGGGUAUACACUUGACUCUUCAGAUUUCCUAUAAAUUCAGACUGUUGCUGCUCUUUGCAUUAUGCAUGAUGGUGAUUGGAUGGGCCACCUCAAGCUACCUGGUUGCUGCCAUCCAAGAGAUUCCUAAAGCAAAGAUUUUCAACAGGACCGUAAUUUGGAGAAAGGAGUUAGCUUCAUCUAAUACAACUUCCAUGACACAAUCAACAUUGAAAAAAUGUCCUCUUUUGUCUCCAUACCUGAGAGGAACCAACAAACUUAUUUUCAAGUCAAAUCUCACAUGGGGAGAAGUACAGACAGAGAAUCCUAAAGUUCAGAAAGGCCGUUACCACCCAGAAGACUGUAAGGCCUUACAACGGGUUGCCAUCCUAAUUCCACACCGCAAUAGAGAGAAGCACUUAUUGUACCUGCUGAAACAUCUCCAUCCAUUUUUGCAGAGGCAGCAAGUGGAGUAUGGCAUCUAUGUCAUUCAUCAGGCUGGAGACGACAAAUUUAACAGAGCCAAACUCCUGAAUGUUGGCUACCUAGAAGCCCUUAAGGAAGAAAAAUGGGAUUGUUUUAUAUUCCAUGAUGUGGAUCUGAUACCAGAGAAUGACCUUAACCUCUAUAUGUGUGAGGCUCAUCCAAAACACCUGGUGGUUGGCAGAAACAGCACUGGCUACAGAUUGCGUUAUAAGGGAUAUUUUGGAGGUGUUACUGCUCUAACAAGAGACCAAUUUUACAUGGUGAAUGGAUUCUCCAACAACUACUGGGGCUGGGGUGCAGAAGAUGAUGACCUCAGAAUCAGGGUGGAGAUACAAGGGAUGAAAAUAUCUCGGCCACCUCCUUCCAUAGCCAAAUACACAAUGAUCUUCCAUGCUAGAGAUAAAGGCAAUGAGGAGAACUCGGAAAGGAUGAAGCUAUUAAAGCAGGUGUCACGAGUUUGGCGAACAGAUGGACUGAACUCCUGUUCCUAUAACCUGCUGUCUGUGAAACACAAUCCUUUAUAUAUCAACAUCACAGUGAAUUUCCUUGUGACUCCAUAAUCCUGCAUUAUUCCGUUGAGGUUAUUUUGGGGAAAAAUAGAAUCUCCAGUUGCAGUAGUUAUUGUAAUGUCUGGAAAUGUUGAACCUGACAUUCCCCCCCAACCCCAGCCAUUCUCGCCUCUGUCACUGAGCGGUAGACACGAUGAAGAACUGGCUGCUGGGUGUGACUAGUUUGAAUUUUUCCUUCUUGUUUUUUGUGAGAAGCAUUGCUGAUGGCAUGGAGGGAGUAAGGCUAUUGGAAGAGAAAAGUUCUCUUACAGAUGAGCGUAAGCAUGAAAGAGAAGGGCCCUGUGUGGCACAGAGCGAGAGCUGUUCAGGAGCAUUUGUUGAACGCGAUUUGGAAAAGUGACAGCUUAGGGAUCCGAAGGUGUGGGCUGCAGGAGACAGCAUUACCAGAUUGUCAGAGGAGUCAGAGCUGCUCUUGGGAGCGACGGAAAGGUAGAAAGAUUGACGAGUGUCACUAGAUGAAGCCGACUCGGAGACCUCUGAGGGGGAGGGCAUCAGGUGGAGGAGUAGAGAGAAGCAAAGUACAGGCGAGGGAAGGCCUGACAAGCAUCACUGGAAUAGAAAUGAGUAGCUGAGCAAAGGUACGGGAGAGCGUGUUUGAGGGAGAGGAGGCAGUGGGGAAAGUGGGUUGUAGUUCCUUCCUCCCUGUAUAUUCUACCUCAUGUAACUAGUCUCCUCUUCUGCCUCUCUGGGGUGAGGUCAAAUAAGGUAGCCCUUUGAAUAGGAUGCGACAAGUUAGGGAAGCCUUCUUAGAAGAGGAAGUUUUUUUUUAACCAACUCUUCAUUUCCCUCUGCUAUGUCCCUUUCAUUCAGACUUCACCACCCCGUUAUCUGAAGCUUCCUACUACUUUGCCUGCAGUCACUUUGUUAUCACUCAGAUCAUUUCCUCUUCUCUUUAGUUUAUUAGUUUAAGUUUCUGGACUUCUGGCUAUUCCUGAUCUUUGGGGUUUGUUUUUUUUCUCCCUGAUUUUGUUCUGUAACUGCUUAGCUCUGUGCAUUUUCCCAGGCCUUCUCCAUGGACUCCAUACACAUCUCCAUUUAUUGAUAUCCUUCUCCUUCUAGAGCCUUGUUUAGGUGCUACUUCUUCCAAGAAACACUCUGCCACUACCCACCAGCUUAAAGUCCUUUCUCCCUUCCAUAUUCUAGAACACUUUGCCUGAUCUCUUUUGCUCUUUUCCCAUUCUAAGAGCACUAGAUUUAGAGUCACAGAACCUUAGUUUCAAGCUCUUGUUAGCUGUGUGACCUUGAUUAAGUCACUGACUUGGACCACUGACUUCUGGACCACACCUUCGUUGAAAUGAGAAGAAUCCGAUUAGAUGAUCCCGGUGCUCCCUCCCAGCUCUAACUCAUGAUUCUACCUUGUAUCAUACUCAUUUGUGUAUCUCUUGUCCCCGAUGUUAGUUUGCAAGCCUCUCAAGGGCAGGGAUUGUGACAUUUUUCAUCUUGAGUUGAAUUAAGUUGAAUCAUCUGUUUUUUAUAUUUGUUCCUCCUGCUCACUCAGAUUCAAUUCUCGGGACUCUUCUUUACCUGCCACUAUUUGACUAGGGGCCUAGGCUACUGAUAGUCCCAUGGCACUUGGAGGAGCUUGCAUUUUCCUGUGUCAGUUUAUUCCUUGGUCUUACCAUAGGGACUGGCAUGAUUGCUAUUAUUACUCUGCUCUCAAUUAAGCAGCCAACAGCACUUGCUUGGGAGUGUUCUUUAUCUAUUACUAGUAAUAGGAGAUAACAUGUUGCCUACUAAUUUUUCUAGAUAUUUUUUAAUAAAAACUUUUUUUACAUGUA